AUGACAAUCACAAAUAUUGAUGAUGAUGCGGCAGAUUCGCAUUCGCAUUUCGACAAGAAAGAGGUAGAAGAGAAGCAGAAGCGCAUCUACUUCAAGAGAGGGGACACAGCUACCAAAACUUUUACCGGUAUCUUUGACGAGAGACAACAUCAUACUGAAGAAUUCGAAUUCGAGGAACGACGAGGACGCUCGAAAAAUAGGGUUCGUACUCGUGUGGUAGAGGUUCUGGGUGAGAGUGGUGAAGGGGUUCUUAGAGGAGGGGAUCUUGAUUUCGAGGGGUACUUUGAAAGUAAAGCGGAUAUGGCUUCAUGGAGUGGGCAACCAGCAAUUAAGGGGAGUACGGAGCAGAUGCGCAUGGCAUUGUUGACGUUUUCUUUGGUUGGAUUGCAAUUUACUUGGGGCAUUGAAAUGACCUAUUGCACACCAUAUUUACUUUCACUGGGUCUUACGAAAUCGAAGACUUCUUUAGUAUGGGUUGCGGGACCUUUAUCUGGAUUGAUUAUGGCACCGCUUGUGGGGGCAAUGGCAGAUCGAUCGCGCUCAAAAUGGGGUAGAAGGAGGCCAUAUAUGGUGGGGGCUUCUAUCCUUGUCGCAUUAUGCUUGUUGGUUCUAGGAUGGACAAAGGAAAUCGUAUCGCAUUUUGUUGAAGAAGGGGAUUUUAAUAAGAGCUGUACCAUACUUUUGGCCGUGUUGGCGAUUUAUGCCGUUGACUUCGCUAUCAAUGCUGAAACAACAAGCGGGAUCAUCAUGGGAAUGGCUGCCCUGGGACACUUGGUCGGGUAUGCUAUUGGUACAGUUGAUCUUGUCGCUUGGUUUGGUCCUUCGAUGGGUGAUACUCAAUUCAAGAAACUCAUUCUUAUUGCGGCAUUUGCACUUAUAUUUUGCGUGGGUGUCACAUCCUGGGCCGUGACGGAACGUGUCUUAAUAUCUAGCAAAGACUCUGACAGUCAAGCUGGACUAUUCAAGAUCACCCGACAAAUAUAUAGAACAACAAUGUCAGUUCCGCCCAAAAUACAGGCUAUCUUAUGGUGUCAAUUUUGGAGUUGGAUUGGAUGGUUUCCGUUCCUAUUUUAUGGUACCACAUUUGUUGGCGAAACAUACUUCAGAUAUGAUGCUCCACAUGAGAUCAAAGAGUCUAAAGAUGCUUUGGGUGAUAUUGGAAGAAUUGGAAGCAUGUCUCUUGUUGUAUUCUCUUUCGUUUCAUCUUUCGGAUCAUUCCUUUUACCUCUUUUGAUAAAGUCGCCGGAUGAAGAUAAUUUCACUCAGCGACCACCAGCAAGCAUUGCUCGAUUUGUUCAGGCUUACAACAAACAUAAGCCAGAUCUUCUUGGAGCUUGGUUUGUUGGACAUUUGAUGUUCUCAUCAGCUAUGUUCUUAGCACCUUUUGCGUCCUCGUUUCGAUUUGCGACGUCAUUAAUUGCGUUUUGUGGAUUACCAUGGUCUGUCGCAUCUUGGGCACCGUAUGCAUUUCUUGGUGUCGAAGUAAACAAAAUGAGUGGAUUACCCUCCUAUAGUCGUCUCUCCACCACCGAACGUGAUAUCGAGCUUGAGUCACCCACCUCUCUCCCAUCACCAUCUUUACUCCGUCUCGAACAUGGCGCCUCCGGAGAAAAGGAAGAUGUUGCAUCCACUGGCGAACUUUCCGGAAUCUACUUUGGGAUUCUAAAUAUUUACACUACAAUUCCGCAAUUUAUAGGAACUUUCAUUAGUAUGAUUGUUUUCAGUAUAUUGGAACCAGGGAAAAGUCCAGAAUUAGCUCAAAACGCAAAGGAAGGGGAACAUCACGGAACGGAGGGUCCAAAUGCUAUCAGUGUUUGUUUGUUCAUCGGGGCAAUCAGUACUAUUGGAGCGGCUUAUGCGACAAAGAAGUUGAGGGAUUUGCAGUAA